GAGCAAGGGUAAAGAGAGACGGAAGUCUCAUAUAGAAUAGAAGUAUAGAACUUGCGAUCAGCGAUCGUCGCGUCACGCCAUUACAAUAAGAGUUGCAGAGCGGAUCGAUCAUAAGUGCUUUGUGGAAGGAAAGUCUAAAAUAAGAAUAUAAACUAUGCCGGGUACCGGGACGUUCAAAUUAUUCAUCGGAAAUCUUGACGAAAAAACUCAAGCGUCAGAUAUACGUCCUCUGUUCGAGAAAUACGGGACGGUCGUCGAAUGCGAUGUUGUCAAGAACUUUGGUUUUGUUCAUAUGGAGACCGAACAGCAAGGUCGGGAUGCAAUUCAGAACCUAAACGGCUACGUAAUAAACGGCGAGGCCAUAAAAUGCGAAGCCGCCAAGAGCCGGAGGGCGCCGUCAACCCCGACGACAAAGAUAUUCGUCGGAAAUUUGACAGAUAAAACUCGCGCGCCGGAGGUUCGCGAACUGUUUCAAAAAUUCGGUACAGUCGUCGAAUGCGAUAUCGUUCGUAACUACGGUUUCGUGCACUUGGACGCGAGCGGUGACGUGAACGAGGCGAUUCGGGAGCUGAACGGAAUGAUGGUCGACGGGCAACCCAUGAAAGUGCAAGUGUCCACGAGUCGCGUGCGCCAGAAGCCGGGCAUGGGUGAUCCCGAACAAUGCUACCGCUGCGGGCGUGGGGGACACUGGUCCAAGGAGUGUCCCCGUGCCAUGGGGGCCGAUCGUAACGGCUUCCGGGAGAGGAUGUUCGCUCGCGACCCGUACCCUCCGCCGCCGCCACCGCCAUUCCUGCGCGACCGGAUGAUGGGCGGAUUCCGGGAUUCCUAUGACCCUUACUACGAUAGAGGAUAUGAUGGUUCAAGGGAUUUAUUUGAGAGGCGUUAUCCUGGUGGAAUGCCAGGUAUGCGUGGUGGGCGAGAUUUCAUGCCGCCAAGGAGAGAAGCUAUGCCUCCAUUACCCCCCUUAGGAAUGAGAAGUGGUAUGGGAUCUAUGAGGUCAUCCAACUAUGAUGCAAUAUUUAGCAGGCGUAGUCCACAAGGCAGUGUAGCAGGCGGCAGUGGAAUGCCAAGAGCUGGUGGUUUUGGAGAUAUGUACCAAGAUUUCAGUCGAGAUUCUUUUGAUGAUAGAAGGGCAGGAGGAGGAAUGAGAGGUCCUUCACCAACACACAGAUAUGCACCUUACUAGUUUUAUAUAUAUCACAACAGUAUAUUUAGGUUUUACAUUAAAAUCUAAGAAUUUUUUGUACGAUUGGAACUUGUUGAUUUUGUAUUCAAAUCAAUGCUUGAGUUUCAUUGUUUGAACAAGAACUCUUCAGAAAAUAUGUUUAUGUAUUGACAUUUCAUGUAUAUGUUUAGGAUAAUUUUAUGUAUUGCGU